AUCACUUCUGACGACGCGCCUGAUCUAGAUUCUCAACUUUCCACCAUUUCUUCAGGUUCAGGUUAUGAGCUUAUCAUGCUUAUAGCUUUGCUUUAAGGAUCGGAAGUUACUUAUACUUCCAAGCACAAUCUCGCUUUGGAUAUUAACGUGGAUAUUUCAUAAGGAUAUUAGUUGGAAAGAUAAAUCCCUAGCCCGUGGUAAAAUGGACCAAAGUGAAUUUCCGAGGAGCGGUCAGCGGCAGGCACCCUCCACCCCUCCCAAGCGAGAGGCUUGGAGCCCCACCUUCGAUGGCCCUCCAUCUCACCAAUAUACCAACGAGAGGAGGGAUGGUGGAGUCUACCGGCCAUCGUCUUCGAUAUCAGGUCGCGAUCUACGGGUUCAUCCUGUUGACGACCGUGGCAGGUUGAUUGAUCCGGAGGAACAGGAAGAGCAAGGGGUGAGAAGAAGACGAAGAAGAAGGACCAAAGGAGGGGAUAAAUGGUUUUGCUGUGUAUGUGGUAGCGUCAUCACCAUCUUGAUCAUCACCAUCAUCGUGGUUGCCGUAAUAGUCUUAUGGGUAGUGACAGAUUUCCAGUUUGGUUCAUCAGAUUCCUCCGUCACAUCAACUACAGCUGUGGCAGCAUCAUCUACAACAACUACCAUACCCACCACAGUGGAUACAACAAUGACGACAAAUGAAGAGGUUACUGCAGAAAUGGUAACAUUUGACAUGACAACCACCGAUUCAAUGACGAGUCAAACUAGUGAGGCGUGGGCUACCGCGGAUGAACAUACGUCAGCAGCAUUCGAAUCUACGACAGCAGAAUCUGUAACAAAUUAAUCAAACUUGAGAUGGACAUUUUUAGAAGAGUUAUCAAACAUUCCUUAACUAAAAGACGCGCGAUAUGUAAUUUUGGAUUUUUGAACUUUCUAUAUACAAAGCGAAUUGAAUAACUCAUCAUCCGAAUAGAGGGAUAGAUGCAAGCAGUUAAGCAAACAAAGCAAGGAAUAUUGUUGGCAUUGAUAUUCAACAAUUAUCCAGCUCAGUUGUAGCAACAGGAUACGCUUAAGUUUUAUCUAUCAAAUAAGCUUGCAUGAUCAGUGCCAAUUUGUCUUUUAAAUACAGGAGCCGAGUCUGAGCGCAUAUCUUAAGAGUUUGAGAUGAUUAUUUUAAACACUGUUAAGACAUCUUCAAUCAAAGUUUUCAAUUUUUUUUUGUAUUUUCAGAGACACACCACGAUUUAACAGUAGAGCAUACAGAGAAUACAUCUCCAUGAUGAAACGAUGAGUUCCUCCGGGACUCGCAUAUCGAAACGAUAGAUCAUGUUCAAAUGCCAAGAACACUUUGAUCAUUGACUGAUUUCCCUUAAUCUGAAGUACAAGGUAACGAAAUGAAAUCUGGUAGACCAAAAUAAAUAUGUGGUGGUAUCAUUUGGAACUACAACACAAAUAUUCGAAAGAAUACUCUAUUUAUUAAAAGAAUAAAGACCCGGAUUAUUCAUCUAUAAGGCUGAAAUAUAGAGACGACCAAAACAUAAAAAAGAAAGAAGAAGUAACCAAUGAAGAAAUAACAAAAUAGAUAAAUAAGUGAAUAAAUAAAUGAAUAAAUAAAUGAAUAAUGAAUAAAUCAAGAAAUUAAGAUAGGAGAUUUAGAAAAAUUCAAUUUGGCAGCAUCGGUAAUUUCAAUUAAAGGAUUCAUAAUGUACAUAAUAUCUAUCUUUCUCUCAUGGGAUUAAUUUACUCAUUUAUGUUCAUAGUGUGCCCCUUUCCCAAUCGUUAACUUUGGUUUGAUGUAUUAUUCAAGACCCAUUGUAAGAAAACAUUUGUUGCAAAUUUGGAUAUAAAUUCUGGUGAACGUCGUGUAUAGUGAAUAUUUUAACCAAUUUCUUAACAGAAAUAAAUGUGCUGUGUUCUGUUGUGUGUCAGCAAUUCCGUCCUCUUUAUUCAUCCCACCCACAUACACGCAGUGGAAACAGCGUGUUCUUUUUUAGAAUUUCCAAUUUGUGCUGUACACUAAACUGAAAGAAGAACGAGAAUUUUGUUUUAUCAAGCUUCAUCGGUCAAAAAUGCAAAAAAUACUUCUGUAUGAUCUCCCCUGAAACAUGUUAGAGUUGAGGUGUAGUAUAACCAUGGACCUAUGGUAUAACAUUUCUUUGGAAGACAGGUAACCUAACCAAUGAUACGGGAAUGUUCCGGUUCCAUCAAUACCCCUCCCCAUACAGAUUAAAACAAUCAUAUAUUCAUCUGUCAUUGGUUAUACAGUUGCAAGCAAAAUUAUUGCAUUGGAAGUUGCUUUAUGUGUGAAAGUUGCAAUGUCGGAUAUACUAUGAAAAAUCACAACUUAAUUGCCCUGACGUUCAUACGUAAUAUUUUCGCCAUCUAGCAAUUUUAUUCAUUAUUAUGAAUUUCCAGAAUGCGAGGGGUCAAGGAGAGAGGGUUGAGCAAUUUUGGAAUGGACUUGUAGGUACAUGAUUGAUAUUUCAUUGAAUGUGUACAUAAGUUUAUACAGCGCAUAAACGUUGAGGUGCCAUAUUUUGUUUUAUUCAUUCUCUUAAAAUUGAUGAUCAUUUGAAGUAAAACGUAACUUUGAUACAAGAUUUUUUUUUCUUAUAUAUAUGAUAGUAUAACAGAAUAAUAUUAUUUAUUGUGGAAGCUCGUGUAUGAAGCAAUUCAUAAAAAGUGAAUUGUUAUAAUUACCUUUUCUUUCUUUUAUUUUGAUAAUGCAUUCCAGUUGACGUCCUCUUGAAAAAUUAAUUUAUAUGCAAACUUGUUUUUUAUAAUGGCUUUGAAAAUGUAUGAAAAGCAUGUAUAUAUUUAUGAGAAAUUUGUAAAUAAACUAUAUUCCUUUGAUGUAGAAUUAGUGCUCAAGAAGUCUGUUUUAUCUUGAGAACAUGUACUGGGAAUAUAAACUGAUAAAGAAUGUGGAAUAUUAGGUCUCAAGCGAACUUUUUGAUGGGAGUACAUAGACUGAUAGAGAAAUAAUACAAAUAGCAGGGAUAAAGAGAUAAAAAUUUCAAGAAAUAUGUGAACGAGAAUGGGGGAGAUAGAAUCGAAGACAUGUCGGCCUAUGUUUUAUGUCUCUUAUAUGCAUGUUUUUAUAUCAAAUGACAAUAUAAAAAACAACAAUGUGGAGGGGGAAACGGUAGCGAAAAAUAAAGAUUAAAGUAAAUGAUCAUGUAAGAAAGUAGAAAAGAAAUACGAAGGAAGGAAGACAGUAAAUAAAUAAGUAAAACAAAAACAUAUACCAAGGCAUAGAAGAGC